AUGGGUAAUUCUCUUUCAUCAGGAUGCUGUUCUGGAAGAGAAAAUGAGGAGGCAAAAAAGUUAGCUCAAGAAAAGAUGAAUAGAAAUGAGGCUUUAGGUGAUGAUAUUUCUAGGUUUGAUUUGGCAUAUGACAAAAAUGAUAUACAAGAAUUUAUUAAUCUAUUAUCUUCAACCCAACCAAUAGAUAAGUUAGAUGAGCCAAUGCAUCCUUGGGCGGCCGAUCCUAAAACUGUUGGAGCAUUAGCUGCAACUCAGUUGGCAAUUCUUGCUGCAAGAGACAGUCAGCCGGAGCUUAAAGAUGAAAUUAGAAAAAAAGGAGGAAUACAAGGUUUAUUAGAGUUACUUAAAAGUAAAGAGGAAGAUAGAAUUGACGGUGCAAUUGUAGCACUUUCAUUUCUGAGUGUUAAUAAUGUUGAAUGUUGUAAUGUAAUGUUUGAAUGUGGAGUAUUACCAUAUCUAGUGAAAUGCAUGUCAAGCGAAAUAGAUGGGUUAAGAGCAGCAUCUGCACAAACAGCAAGAAAUAUCUUCAUAUUAGGACUUAACCAAAGAAAAGAAUUUAUGAGACUCGGUGGAAUUACGGUAUUAGUAAAUCUUCUUACUCCUCCUACAAAAAACGUCGAUAAACCAGAAAGUUGGUAUACUCCUCUUGAAGCAGUGUAUCAUAUAGAAGAUUUAAUUAUUGAUCAAAAUGAAGAAUUACUAGAAUAUACUAGAGCUAUUCGAAAAUGUGGAGUUGUUGAGAAGCUACAGGUUCUUACAAAAAGCAACAACAGAGAUGUUUCAGAAGCAGCCGAAAUUUUAUUAGCUAGAGUUGCUGAGUGA